UGAGAGAUAUGGUUAGACCGACGCAGACCCUUCUUGUAUCCUGCAGACUUGCUUUCCUAAGCACUCCAGGUAUUUUUUCAGACAAGGCUAUAUGAAGUCUAGCUCACAUUGGUCUGACAUGAGGCGGGUGCUGCCUCCAACUCCCUCGCAAGUGCAGCCCACCCCUGAUGUGUAAGCUAAGCCCCCACCUCUUGUUGUCCCCACCGUAAUACCGAGAUGGAGACAUUAAGAGACUCGUCCUGCGCGUGAACAGGCACAUUACAGAAGCUGCUGAUUUCUUGCGUUGAAUUUACUGAUGAACUUCAUUCACUCUUAAGGUCCAUAUCUCCCUUUUAUCUUUUGUUUCUUAUCAUCACUGAUUUUUUUGACCGCCACCCUGAAGUUCAUCGUUGUCAUUUUGGCCGCCGGGAUGGUGGCGUUUAUCGGAGCGGUUAUAUGCAUCAUCGCCGCGGUUCACAGCGGAUCUCCACCGGCAUCCGCGGCCGCAGCGCAGCCCCUGGCUGACAACCAUUCACUCUCACCGGACGCAACCGGGAAGGCGUUCUCCACCGGGUCCGUGGCCCGAGCAGGACCUCUGGACGCUCUUCACGGUACUGAUGUGACCAGCAGGGAACGAGGAGGACCGGAGGCGCCAACCUUCUACGGUUUAACGGGACUAGGGACCGGAGGCAGCGAGCAGCAGGUCACCUACAGCAGACUCAUCUGCACCCCUGUCCCCGCCGGUGAGUGCAACCCCAAAAACUUUCAGCAACAAGCGGACGACCCGUCGUUAUACGCGGGAGAGGACUGGGGGUACCUGCGCACCACCGCCGAGGAGCUCCGGCAGACCGUCCUGCAGCAGAAGGAUGAGAUCCUCACGGAUCAGAGAACCAUACGGGAGCUAACGGGAAAGCUCUCGGAAUGCGAGAGUGGCUUGAAGGGACGCAGGGUCCCGGAAAGGAGCGCGGGACUUGGGGAUGCGCGGAAAGAGAAUAAGGAGCAACUCAUGAUGCGGGACGAUGCGGGGUCCUCGAUGCGGACCACUCAUGCGAUGGAGGACCUGGUUCAUGCCAUAACUCAAAUGAAAGACCGCAUUGAGAAACUGGAGUCUGAAAUGGCACCACCAGCGUUCAAUCACACAGACACAAGCUCACAGAAAGCAGCAGGUGCCGCUCGUAGGCCAGUGACUGCUGCACAGAGACGAGUGGAGGAUCUGGAAGGAGAACUGAAGAGAAAGAUAAAACUGCUGGAGGAAGAGAGGAAAGCGCUGCGUAAAGAGACACAGAAACAUCAAGAGCAUAUUGACUAUGGACUGGACACUGUACACCAGCGGAUAAGCAGCCUGGAGAAAGGUCUCUCUGAGAACAAGUUUCCAGUGGGUUACAGGCUCUCGUUCCCUGUACGCAGCACAUCCAUGUAUGCCACUGUAAAGCAGGACAUCCCAGCCCUCCACUCUCUGACUGCCUGCAUGUGGAUCAAACCGGCAAAGAGCAUCUUGGGAACAGUAAUUUCUUAUGCUAUUACUGACCAGAGCCACGAAUUUGUGCUCCAGCAGUUGGUUCAUGGACCCAUUGAGCUCAUCAUUAAUAAUGAGGUGGCGUCGUUACCUCUGAACUUAACAGUGGGCAGAUGGCAGCAUAUGUGUGUGAGCUGGAGCCGGAGAUCUGGAGCGUGGCAUGCCUACUUAGGGGGCAAACUAAAGCUUGAAGGAAGUGACCUGGCAACCCGUCACAGCAUCCGACCGGGAGGAACUCUCAUACUUGGCCAAGAACAGAGCUCAGUGGGCGGUCUUCGUUUCGAGGCGUCGCGGGCUAUGGUGGGAGAGCUGUCUGAGUUUAACAUGUGGGACCGGCCGCUUUCACACAUGGAGCUCUCUGCUCUUGCCCACUGCAGCACGGGGAUGCUGGGUAAUGUAGUCCCAUGGACCAGCCGUGAGGUGGAGGUUCUCGGAGGCGUCACCAAGCAACCAGCCGAUCAUUGCGAGCAUCGCACAAGCGCCAGACAGUGAUGGGCUCCUGAGGGAUCGUUUAAGGGUCAGAGAGUCAAAGAUGGUGUUCAGAGAUAGCAAAGAUUGAUCAGAGAGCAAAACACCACACCAUGGUCAUAUUGAUUUCUUUAAGGCAGAGUUUUUUGUUAGUGGUGUUUGCUGAAACAUGCCUAACUAUCAUUACUGUUCAGGGUUAGAGAUUUGAACAAACCCUAAGUGUUAAACAAUAGUGCAUAACUCGUCCCACACCAUUUGUGCUAUAUGAACAAGAAUCAUACCUCAAGUCAUCUGGCUUGUUGAGGAGAUCUGUGCUCUUAUUUUUCUAAGCAAUCAAACCUGUGGUUUUCACUUGGCAGAUGAUAAAAUGGGUGCAAAUAUUCUAGACUUAAAGGGACAAGUCAGCUAAAAAUGAAAGUUCUAUCAUCAUUUGCUCACUCUCAAGUUGUUCCAAAGCUGUAUGCAUUUCUUUUUUCUGUUGAACACAAUAGAAGAUAUUCCGAAAUAUGUGUUUAAUUGACUGUAUUUUUUUCCCACACUAUGGAAGUCAAUGGCUACUAGCAACUGUCUGGUUACGACAUUCUUUAAAAUAAAGAAAUUCAUACAGGUUUGGAACAACUUGAAAUUUGGGGGGGAACUGUUCCUUUAAGUGGUAGCGUUUACCAUUGUUUGGUGAUUUUUUUUAUUAAUUUUUUUUUUAUUAUUUAUUUAUUUUAUUUUUUGCAAGAUUCGCAGAUUUCACAACAGGCUCAAAUUGGUCAUGUGGAUUCGCUGCGUUGACCAAAAGAAAGCUGAUUAGUUUGAAAGUGACUUCUGUGUGAGGUGGUCUUCAUGCUGUUUACAAUGGAUCUUUUUUUGCCAGUGAAAGUUCAAGUUUUAUGUGACCACACCUUUACUUAAACAAGCCACAUCUAGGGACCAGAAUAUCAUAUCCAGUAUCACAGGAUCCUUUCCACAUAGCAAUGUCCAAACCACCUUAGCAAUAUGCUGAAGACAUUCAGAACAGUUUAGCAAUCUCUUUUGCAUAGUGGUGAGUUUUGCGUGGGAAAGUAUCUCUCUGUUUACAUUAUUUACAUCGUAUUUACUAGUUAUACCUUGUUGAACAUCUGAGUGGCAAGCAUCAGUGUAAACAUGUGGGAUAUUCAGGCUCAGUGCCUGAUAAAAGGAUUUUUUUUUUUCCCACAGUUCAAAGCAAAUAUUUGCAUACUCAUUCAGAUUUGUUGUUAUUUAUACAGUGUAUUUGAUUGAAAUUAGUUUAGAAAAAACACACUCACACAGCUGGGAAGCUGGUUGCUUUUAGUCUGCCGUUUUUUAUACCAGGGUUUUAUUUUUUAAUUUUUUUGUAUGUUUGAUCUCUUCAAGUUUUUUUUUUUUCUCUCGAUGUUUUUGAAUCACACUGUUUCUAUGGUGAUCACUCCAGCAGACUGAAUCCUAUUGGUCAGACCAGUCCUGGUUGAAUUCUUCUCCAUUAAAAUCCCUUUAACACCAUCAGAAUCACAUCAAAUUAAAAUGAACAGACCGAAAAGGGAGCAGUUGAAGAAGGCAUUUGGCCAGAUGAAUACUCCAGCAAUAUUUCAUAGAAUAACUACAUUAACCUUUAAAGCCAUGGUUUUGAAACCCUUUACAAUGUGGUAUAUACAAUAACAUGCUUUCUGAGAACUCUUUUCAGUGUUAAACGUAAUCUGCAAAUCUCUACAUACAAACAAAUAUCUUCUCAUGCUGAGAAAUUAGCAUGUAUAGCCUAUAUAGAUUUAUACAAAAAUCUACUCAACAAAAAAAUAUAUGUAAAUAAAACCGCAAACAUUCCGUAUGAUGAAUGUAUAAUACUCACCAUUAUAUGUACAUUCCACCGUCUAUCUAUCUCUCUUCAUAACUGUGCCUGAAUAGGCAUCUCGGAGCUUAUGUAAAUUACGCUGCACAUAUGAUAUGCUUUAUGUGGAUUAUACUCAAUGUAUUAUUUAUGUGUAAAAUGUAGCAGGCUGGAAAAUGCCUGCUUUGUGGCCUUGUCAAACACAAGAAUGUUGUUCCAAAUGCGCAAUCAUAGUAUAUAUACAGUAUAUAUAUAUAUAUAUAUAUAUAUAUAUACACACACACACACACUGAUGGUCAGAACUGAGAUUAUUAUGGAUGUGGUUUAAUUUUGCAAACAGUUGUUUUAUAAGCAUGUGGUUUGAGAUUCCACGGCCAUUUGAUUGAACGGCACAAGAUCAUCAUAAUGGUUUGGAAUUGUGUUUUUAAAAGUGUUUCAGCACUAAAUAUAUCUUCUUUCGGAUAGUGUAUUUGCUGUUGUUAGUGCAACGCCUGUUUGUUUGCAUUCAGUGGUCAUUUUGUGAUGUUCAGUUCUCUUAAUGUACAUGAGCAAUCUUUAAAUUGUAUUCAGAAAGAGUGGUUUUCAAAUGAUUGUUACCUUUUCUGGAAUAUAUUUGUUUUUGAAUGAAGAAAUGACUUGGAAGUUGGAUAUAAAGUUCUCUCAUUUUGCUUGAACAUUUUUCUACACUGAGGAUUUACUCAUUUACAUUUUUUAAAAAUCUCUUCUUCUAUCCUGUAAUGCUCAUUUCUUGCAUUCUGUCUUUGUCUGUGUUGAAGUGGAGAUCAAAUGUGUUCAAAUCUAAGAUGAAAAUGAGAAUUAAAAUAUAUAACACACUGAA